AUCACCUUCAAAAUAUGGGGUUCCCGAACUUCGGACACUUUUCAGCUCUCAUCAGAUUGCUGUGUAACACUCACUAACACUACACUAGUAACAGUCUAGGACCUAGAUCUCACUGUAGUGUAAGAAAACUUACAUUUUUGUCAGAUUUUGUCACUUUAAAGUUUUAUGAUUGUGCCGAGUGAUGCAAACAAUUUGAUAUUGUUCCUCAUCUAGAUGCCCGGCAGAAGGGCGCUAGCAGGGAAUUUCGUCCAAAUUUUCACUUUUCAUUUUUUUUCAUAAAUCGAUAGGGUUUGGAAAGAUCAACAUUUUAAAAAAAAUCCCGGCUUUGGGAGAUGUUUAUUUUUAAAGUUAUGGUCAAUAAUCAAAGGGCACUAGCAGAUGGAAGACAAAAUCACUUCCCGGCAGAAGGGCGCAGUGCGAUCGUGCGCAUGCGCACACGUUACAGCCUUUAUACGAUAACCGGCUUUGCUAAAAUUCAGCCCGGCAGAAAGGCGCUAAUUCCGAACGGGAGAAGGAGAGCGUCCGUAACAGUCAUGGAGCCAGACACACUGCUGCUGAUUAGAUGGUUUAGGAACCAAUCAGAGAACGUGGUUGAAUAUAAAGACAUUAUAUGUCCUCAUCGUCGCCAUCCGAGGGUCGGAGAUGCAGUCGUCAUGCCAUGGGGGAGGGAGAGAUGGCACGGCAAGGUGCUACAAAUUUCGAGAGGACUCGGAUGAAGAUGACGAUAUUCCUUUGAAAUUCCUAAGAGGUGAGAAAAUCAUUUUCUUUAUGACCCAGCAUUAUGCAGACCAGUAUUUGUUUGGUCAGGUCAAGAUGAUUAUUAUAAAUUUAUUUAAUUUACUGAACCAUUAAUACUGUAGCUAUUGAAGAUAGAUGUAGUGUUGUUUUGUUGGAGGUGCUACUUCUUCAAUGAUUUUCAAACUUGCAUGCAUGAAAACAACACUCUAAACUGUAUUUGUAUCAAACUGUUAACAUUUGGGGGGCUAGAUGACCCUCUGUAUUUUUUUUAAUUGUGAUAUGCUGGAUAGUCUUGGUAUUUAAAUGUACCCCCCCCCCCCCCCUCCUCUCCAGGCAUGCUGCAUACCAUUUAUCAGAUUACUACAUACAAUCAUUCUGUUUUUUUCUCCAUUUCUGACAGAAAAGGGAGAGAGAGCUGCAGCUGUCAUAGAGGGAAAUAUUACAGAAGAUAAAGGAAAGAGAGCUGACCUUGGAGGAGCUGUCACAGAAGAUGAAUGUAUCAGCAUUCUUGGAGAGGUGCUUAGAGGCAGGCAGGAGCAUCAUGUAGAAAUUUGUGAGCACUUUGGGUGUGCAGACGAGGUGUUUUCUGUUUGUGUCGUGUGUGAGGUUUUCCUGUGCUACAAGCACUUCGUAGAUGACGACCCAUGUUCAGAGCAUAACAACUAUGCGGGAGUUGUCAAUAGACCCAUGGCCUUACCUUGCGAGAAGUCCACAGAAUCGGUCAACCCCGAUAGACCCAUGGCCACACCUUGCGAGAAGUCCACAGAAUCGGUCAACCCCGAUAGACCCAUGGCCACACCUUGCGAGAAGUCCACAGAAUCGGUCAACCCUGAUAGACCCAUGGCCACACCUUGCAAGAAGACCACAGAAUCGGUCAACCCCGAUAGACUCAUGGCCACACCUUGCGAGAAGUCCACAGAAUUGGUCAACCCUGAUAGACCCAUGGCCACACCUUGCGAGAAGACCACAGAAUCGGUCAACCCCGAUAGACUCAUGGCCACACCUUGCGAGAAGUCCACAGAAUCGGUCAACGCUGAUAGACCCAUGGCCACACCUUGCGAGAAGUCCACAGAAUCGGUCAACGCUGAUAGACCCAUGGCCACACCUUGCGAGAAGUCCACAGAAUCGGUCAACCCCGAUAGACCCAUGGCCACACCUUGCGAGAAGUCCACAGAAUAG